AUGUCGAAUGGCAAUGUGCGCCAUUUUGGAGGAAAAAAAUCACGGGGGUUUGCAAUGGCUCGGACUGUGAUUAUCCGCUCUUAAACCUCUUUGCAUGUUCCUUCUGCUGCUUUAAAACGCGAACGCAACUACACAAAUUAAGUUGGGAGAUAGCCCUCCGGUGACGCUAGAUCUGUUGCACACAGGAAGAAGAGAUGGCUGGGGUCGGAGGUGGGAAUGACUUUCAGUGGUGUUUUUCUCAAGUGAAAGGUGCAAUUGACGAAGAUGUGGCGGAAGCUGACAUUAUAUCGACCGUUGAAUUCAACUAUUCUGGGGACCUCCUAGCGACAGGAGACAAGGGAGGCAGAGUAGUCAUAUUUCAGCGGGAACAGGAGUGUAAAAAUCGACCUCAUUCAAGAGGAGAGUACAACGUUUACAGCACUUUUCAGAGUCACGAACCUGAGUUUGACUAUUUGAAAAGUUUAGAAAUUGAGGAAAAAAUCAACAAAAUCAGGUGGUUGCCCCAACAGAAUGCUGCUCACUUCCUCCUCUCAACAAACGAUAAAACUAUUAAACUGUGGAAAAUCGGCGAAAGGGACAAACGAGCGGAGGGAUACAAUCUGAAAGACGAAGGGGGAAGGCCGCGGGACCCUUUUCCACUUACAUCACUACGGGUUCCCGUGCUGAGGCCGAUGGACCUCAUGGUGGAGGCAAGCCCGCGGAGAAUAUUCGCCAACGCGCACACGUACCACAUCAAUUCCAUCUCCGUAAACAGCGACCUAGAAACCUACCUGUCCGCAGACGACCUGAGAAUAAACCUGUGGCACCUAGAAAUCACGGACAGAAGUUUCAACAUCGUGGACAUAAAGCCGGCCAACAUGGAGGAGCUGACGGAGGUGAUCACGGCGGCCGAGUGCCACCCGCACCAGUGCAACACCUUCGUCUACAGCAGCAGCAAGGGCUCCAUCCGGCUGUGCGACACGCGCGCCGCCGCGCUCUCGCGCCACCAGUGUAACUCUGCCUUCUCAGUCUUUGAGGAGCCAGAGGACCCGAGCAGCCGGUCGUUCUUCUCUGAGAUCAUCUCCUCCAUAUCGGACGUCAAGUUCAGCAACAGCGGCCGCUACAUGAUGACCAGGGACUACCUGUCCGUCAAAGUGUGGGACCUGAACAUGGAGAACAGGCCGGUGGAGACGUACCAGGUGCAUGAGUACCUUCGAAGCAAGCUGUGCUCCUUGUACGAAAACGACUGCAUUUUUGACAAGUUCGAGUGCUGCUGGAAUGGAACGGACAGCGCUAUCAUGACCGGCUCCUACAACAACUUCUUCCGGAUGUUCGAGCGGAGCAGCAGGAAGGACGUGACCCUGGAGGCGUGCCGCGAGAGCAGCAAGCCGCGCGCGGCGCUCAAACCGCGCAGGGUGUGCGCCAGCGGCAAGCGCAAGAAGGACGAGAUCAGCGUGGACAGCCUGGACUUCAACAGGAAGAUCCUGCACACCGCCUGGCACCCCAACGACAACAUCAUCGCCGUGGCAGCCACCAACAACCUGUAUAUAUUCCAGGACAAAUUCAACUAAAAAACAAACAACAAAAACGUUCUUUUUUUUCCAUUUUGAUUGGGCAAGAGGGUGGAGUCUCGUUCUUGCAUAGUUAAGCCCGGUUGUUUAUUUGUAAGAGGAAUGGCCUUCUUAUCCUCCUAGUGAAGAAUUUUUGAUGCACUCAUCUCGUAAAGUCAAGGAGAAAGUUGGCCAAGUUUUUUUUUUUUUUUUUUUCCUCUUUCUCCUCCAAGCCUUCAUUGGGAAGGAAAGCAGAGAAGUCCGGAGAGGGCCCCACCCAAUCAGAGUUGAUGGGCGGCACUUGAGAUCACGCUCGAGAGUCUAGAGUUUAAUUUUGAGUCUUUUAUUUUUCAAACGAAUCGCCAAAUUGCGGGACCCCUAAGACAAGCGUCCUUGUCAACCACCUCCUUGUGGGAAUAGCCCUGGGCCUAAAAUAGAACGCGGAAAUUUAUCCGAAUAACGCAUGUUAACAUUCCUCCACUGCCGCAUUUUUGACGGCCAAAACCUUUUAUUUCUGGGGCGCUUUCCAGUCGUCUUCGGCCAGUGGACAGUGUUCAUUUUUUAUCAUUCUUUCUCUCCAUUUCCCCCUUAGUCGUUCACAGUAACUUUCACACACACUGACUACCUUCGUGACGCACUGUCUGGUGUAACUUAAUAAAAGUAACAAACACUCCAUUCGUUUUUACAUGCUGAGAAGAAACUAAACUAUUGCUGAGAAGAGACGACUUGGCACGUUACGCACGUGCGGAAUCGAGGCGUCCGCGGCGAAGCCAACCGUCGGGAUUUUACAGUAGCAUCUGGGAGAUUUUAUAAGGAACUACUUGAAGCUGCAGUCACACCAUCAAAAGCAGGUUGCUGGCCACGCUUAACGUCGAGAUAUUUAUGUGCUGCACGCCCUACCCGCGAUGUAGGUCCGUGCCACAACAGAAAGCAAUAGCCAAGUACAUAAAGGGAAACUGCAGCCUUAAUGCUUACUUUGUUCUUUUUCUGACAGCUAUGGACGAUGUCCGAGUUGCACACAGAUGAUUUUUCGGAAAUACCGUACCUUAUGUGCAUUAUUUUUAAAUGCUCUUUUAAAAAAAAAAAAAAAAAAUUAAAUCUGAUUUACCUUGUAGUAAAACGGAUCGCUGCUAUACCUGGUCGUGUCUGUCGAAAACACCAACCUGGAUUCUGCGAAGAGCGGUAAGGGAGAUCGCAACGCUACGAGAAACUUUCAGCGGAACCGAGUGCCCAGGGCCUCCUGGGAUCGACCGUUCGCUCGGGGAAAAAGGAGACCUGAAUUACGGCAUCGGCACUCUGUGGAAUACAAACAUAGGGCGUGUCCCCCCCCCCCCCACCCCUUUUCCUUAUUCCCCCCUCCCCGGGGUGCACAUUUGGGCAGUAUUGUAUGGGGCAGAUGCUGAUGUUGAAAUUUUGGGGGAAAGGACAAAGAUCAUCAUGUCUACUGGUUGUGACUAUUUUUAAAUCGAGGAACCAUUGGGUCAGUGGAACAGUGUUCGACCUCGUUCCUGUCGAAUAACGAUAACAACAUGGUGUAAAUGUAUGCACUUGUUUAUUUUGACCAAAGUUAAAAUAAAUUUUAAUGGUGUUUAUCUCAA